AUGACCAAAGCUUAUGAUAAAGUUAGAUGGAAUUUUCUGAAGGCAGUGCUUGUGGUGAUGAAGUUUGACUCAAAAUGGAUUAAUUGGAUUAUGGAGUGUGUCACCUCUGUGCAAUUUACCUUACUCAUUAAUGGUCACAUGUCUAAGUCUUUCACACCAACUCAAGAGUUGAGGCAAGGGGACCCUCUAUCCCCUUACUUGUUUCUUUUUUGUGCUAAUAUCCUCUCCAUCUCCCUUACACAAGCUGAAACCUUAAACAAGUUAAAAGGGGUUAAAGUUGGAAGGAAUGGCAUUUCAUUUACCCAUCUGUUGUUUGCUGAUGACUCCCUUCUGUUCUUCAAAAAGGAUAAGCACUCUGUUGACACCUUGCUGAAAAUUUUGGAUUGGUAUUGUAGGGUAUCUGGGCAGUCUAUCAAUCCCCUCAAAUCUGAUUUAUUUUGCUCACCUAAUAUGCCUAUGGAAGACCAGGAAGCCUUGGCUAGAAAGCUGAAAGUUAAUCUGGUGCAUACUCCUACCAAGUACCUCGGCCUCAACUUUAAGCUUAAGGGUAACAAAAUAGCUGAUUUUCACUUCUUGGUUGAAAAACUCCAGUCCAAAUUGCAGGGUUGGAAGGUGAGGUUAUUAUCACAAGCAGGAAGAACAACUCUUAUCUCCUUUGUGCUUCAAUCUUUACCAUUAUACACAUUCUCUUGUUUUAAGGUUCCUGAUCAGGUGUGUAAUGAGAUGGAUACCAUUAUUAGAGCCUUUUGGUGGGGGCAUGGGCAAGGUGAGAAAAAACUUCACCUUUUGAAUUGGGAAAAAUUCUGUCAACCUAGGAGGAAGGGAGGUCUUGGUAUUAAAAAGUUUGGUCCCAUGAACCAUGUUAUGCUUGCAAAGCAAUAUUGGAAGUUGUACCAAAAUCCUAACUCUUUGCUGGCAAGAACUUUUAAGGCUAAAUACUGCCCACAUUGUUCUUUACAAGAAUACACUCCAAAGUCUCAUCAUACUUGGUGUUGGAAGAACAUUGUUAAGCAAGGUGAUUCUAGACUUAGGGAGGGGCAGUGGAGAGUUGGUAAUGGUUUCAAUAUCCCUCUUACUCAUCAAAACUGGUUUCCUAGUGCUCAUGGUACUUUGCAUCAUCCUGAAAUACAAACUGGUACAGUGGGGGAUCUUAUUGACCACAAUUCCAAAACUUGGAAAGCUGAUUUGGUCCGAACCUUAUACCCCUUUCCUUUGAGCAAACAAAUCCUUCAAAUUCCUUUACCUAAAGCUCAUGAUGUGCAAGACCAGUUGCUUUGGAAGUUUUCCAAUGAGGCUAACGGUAACUAUGGAGUCAAAAGAGCCUAUGAGAUUCUUAUACAAGAUUCCCUUUCUUCUGGAAAUAUUCAUGGAGACCAAAAUGUGUGGAAUCUGAUUUGGGGAGUCAAAGUUCCUUUGAAAAUCAAUACUUUUGUUUGGAAACUUAUCCAGGACAGAUUACCCACUCUUAGUAAUCUAAACAACAGAGGCAUCUCAACCCAAACAACAUGUCCCCUCUGUAAUUCUGAUGUUGAAUCUUCAACUCAUCUCUUUCUCCUUUGCCCAUUUACUAGAGCUUGUUGGCACGGAUCAGCCUUGGCUGUACAUGCUACUGACUUUAGGAGUUUAAGUGUCCAGCAUUGGCUUUCAACAAUCCUCAUGAAGUUCAAAUCCAGGGAGCCUUCUUCUAUGGCUUACUUACAAGCAAUUUUUACAACCCUUUGGCAUAUUUGGUUACACAGGAACCGAGUGCUAUAUGAUGGGUUACAACCUAAUCCUAUGAGCGUGAUUUUAAUCUCUCAAUCUAUGGCUUGCAGGUACAAAGAGGCUUUCCUUGAUCAACCAAGACACACUUGUCAACUAAGAAGAUAUCAACCAGAACACUACUCAUCCUCAGGGCAGUGGCAGUUGAUCGUUAAGCUUGCUGGAGCCAGGAGCAAGAAGCCAAAUCGCUGGUCUUCAGCUUAUGAAGCUAUUACUAGGCAGGGAGAUAGCUUGUUUUAUGGUGUUAAUAGUAGUGUAGCUGAUACAACAUGUGGGGCGCUGUUGGAUGCUAUGGUGGAAGCUGCUCUCAAAGCAAAAAACCAUGGUUUCCAGUAUGUUUUGUUUCUAGGCACCAGCAGACAGUUAGUCCAUCUAAUUCAGCAUAGGAAGAACACAAAUCGGCUGCAACAGAUUCGACUUGCUGAUUUAGACUUUUUGAACCAUAAUGGGUUUUGCUGUGAUGUGUACUUAGUGCCUAAACUUGUUGUAAAUUCUGUUUGGUCAGUUGCUAACUUGGCAUGUCAAAUGCCUCUGAACUGUAGCUGGUUUAAUCCAGCUAUUGUGUAG